CUCCUCAGAUGUUCGGAUGGAAUCGAUCGGCACAGACAGGAGUGGCUGGACUACAACUGCUCCGAGGAGGCUAAGAGGUCCUGUGCGGACUACAGUCCUUGGGGAACCGACGCAACGAGUCCCCCUUCUCUCUGGACCUCCAACGGCUCCACGUCCUCCAGCUCCCUGCUGCACCUCCCCGAGGCCGACGUCACCCAGACGGGCCCGCCCCACCCCAGGAUGACGGAGAACACCGCCAUCAUAGCGGGGGUGGUGGCGGCCCUGGUGGUCCUGGUGGUGCUGACCCUGCUGGCCGUCUACUACAUCAACACGCACCCCACGGUGGCCCCGCCCUUCUACCUCAUGCAGCGCCGCACAAAUAACUACUGGCCCUCGAUGAAGUUCCGUAACCAGGGCUGUCACUCGACGUACGCAGAGGUUGAGAUCGGGGUACACGAGAAGGAAGGUUUCAUUGAAGCUGAGCAUUGCUGUUAAAACCGCUCACUGGCCUUCCGCCAUAAAACAAGGUGAAAUGGCGCCAUCUGGUGGACUGCAGUCUGAACGGCGACUGGGGAAGAGCGUAGACGACAAAUAGGCGACCAAAAACCAAGCAACUCUCGAACAAAGAAUGUCCCUCCCGACCCCGGUGGUCAAAAGACUUUUGUCUACUGUAACUUCUUUCUUAACCCCUCCCCCCACUCCCCCCCUUCUGCCGCUUUCUCCGGUGUCUCCGGUCACCGCCAUCUUUCAGCUCUCUGGCUGUCUCUCAGUCUGUCCCCCCCCCUCCCCUCCUCCAUGUACAGUGAUCACUUUAUAGCACACUAUUAAGGAGGUAGGAGGAGCUGGGCCCCCCUCACUCCACACUCUGUUGGGUAAACCAGCCCAGGUCAGCGGUCAGUGGUCACCUGGUCACCAGGUAGGUUGGGUGAGUCAGACGAAAAUGAAAACCGCUAUGCAUCAUGGGAUACAGAGCAAGUCGUCCAUCAGCUGAGCUCUUAUUGUCGUCCUGGUGUGUGUUAAGUAGUGCGCUCUAUAGGGAAGCAGGUUUGUACACUCACACAUUAACAUUACAAAAUGGUGGCGCCCCAAAUAGUGCACUAUAAAGGGAGCAAGUGAAGGAGGGGGGGUGGGGGGGGGGGGGUACCAGACAGGGCAGGCUGCAUCAUACUGCACAGCCCAUCUACACUUUAACAAUAUGUGGUUUUUCAAUCUUUAUGUUUUUUGAGGUGUCUGUGAACAGUUGACAUGAAUGUAUGUUUUGUUUAAAAAAUGCUAUAUCCACACAGACUAUUACAGAUAUUCAAUAUAGCUGAACAUGAUUAUUAGGUUCUGCUCCUAAGACAACCUUGUUGGUUUUGAUUCGGGUGCGGCUCCAUCUCAGUGCUAUUUCAAUAUGUUUUCUUUAACUUGUUCCUCUGUCUGAACAUUACAACCGUCAAAAAUAAAGUAAUAAAGUGUGAUCCAUUUGGCUUUCAUUCCGAUCACCUGUGUGCUGCUGAUAACAUAUUGAUGAAACUGUAGUUGAGUCGAUUUCUUCCUUGAUGCUCCUGGUAGAAGCUUUCUCUCCAUCGUAGUCCUACUGAC